AAAAUACUAACUUUUUGUGUUCUUUCACUUUCCCCCUUUUCCAUUUUCUUAGCUCAGACAAAUUCUCAAAUCCCAAUCCUCAAUCUUGAAAUUUUCUGCAAAAAUUUCUGUUUCCAGUUCUGACAAGAGCAAAAAGAUUGAAUCUUGAUUUGGGUUUUUUUGAAUUUAAGCAGUUUUGGUCUCCAAUGGCGCCGACACCGAAAAACCAGAGAACCCCAACUCCAUUUUCAAAGUUAAAUCUUACCCAGAUACCCAAUUCAAGAACACCACAAGCAAAACACAGAUUGAAUUUCACCACAGCAAAACCGAAUUCUGUAGCCCCUGUUGCAGCAGCAGCGGCAGAGCAUCCUAUUGAAGUUAUAGGAAGAAUUCGUGAUUACCCGGAUAGGAAAGAGAAGCCUUUAUCGUCGUUACAGGUGAAUCCUGAUCGCGAGACGUUAAGAGUGAAAACUGAUGGAGGAUAUAGGGAUUUUAGCUUUGAUGGUGUGUCAUUGUCUGAAGAGGAGGAUAUUGAUGAGUUUUACAAGAAGUUUGUGCAGUCGAGGAUUAAUGGAGUGAAAUUGGGAGAUAAAUGUACUGUUAUGAUGUAUGGACCGACGGGGGCUGGAAAAAGUUAUAACAUGUUUGGGAGUUCUAAGCAGCCUGGGAUUGUGUAUAGGUCCUUAAGGGAUAUAUUAGGUGAUGGGAUUGAAGAAAAUGAUGAGAAUAAUGAGAAAAUUAGUGUUGGAACAUUUGUGCAAGUUACUGUUUUGGAGAUAUAUAAUGAGGAAUUAUAUGAUUUGUUGUCAACAAAUAAUGGUGGAGGGUUUGGUUUUGGAUGGUCUAAAGGGAGUUCUUCUAAGGUGAGACUUGAAGUUAUCGGUAAAAAGGCAAAAAAUGCAACUUUUAUUUCCGGUACUGAGGCUACAAAGAUAUCAAAGGAGAUCCAGAAAGUGGAGAAGAGAAGAACAGUGAAAAGCACUUUAUGCAAUGAGCGGAGCUCUCGGAGCCACUGCAUGAUGAUUAUUGAUGUUCCAACGGUUGGAGGGCGGUUAAUGCUUGUCGAUAUGGCUGGUUCUGAGAAUAUAGAACAAGCUGGUCAAACUGGUAUGGAAGCAAAAAUGCAGACUGCAAAGAUCAAUCAGGGAAACAGUGCAUUGAAAAGGGUGGUUGAGUCCAUUGCUAACGGUGAUUCCCACGUGCCUUUCCGGGACAGCAAGUUAACUAUGCUCUUACAGGAUUCCUUUGAGGAUGACAAGUCCAAAAUUCUCAUGAUACUGUGUGCCAGCCCGGAUCCUAAAGACCUCCACAAAACUAUCUCUACUCUAGAGUAUGGUGCUAAAGCAAAAUGCAUUGUCCGUGGCCCUCAUACGCCGUUGAAGGAGAACGGUGCAGAAGAUUCUUCAUCAGCGGUUAUUUUGGGAUCGAGAAUUGCAGCUAUGGAUCAGUUUAUCUACAUGCUUCAGAUGGAGAACAAGCUCAAAGAGAAAGAGUGUAAUGAAGCUAAGAGAAAGCUUAUGAAGAAAGAAGAAGAAAUUGCUACAUUAAGGUCUAAACUUGAGUUAGUGUUACAAGGAGGGGUGGAGACAACCGAGGAGGAUAUCAUUGUUAAAGUAAACGAGCGAACUCAGAUGCUGAAACGUGAAUUUGAAUAUAAGAUACAACAAUGCCAGAAAAUGGCAAAUGAAUUCGUAGAGACGGAAAGGAGGAAGAUGGAAGAAAGAAUGUUUCAACAGCAACAAGAGUUUGAAAUGCUUAGAAGGCGGUUGGAGGAGAUUGAGUCCGAGCUUUGGCAUUCAAGGGUUGGCAGCAGAUCAACAGAAGUGGAGGAAAACAGCUUUGGGAAAAGACUACUGGAGAUGUACUCUGAAGACGUGGGGAUGGUGAAAUCUAUGGAUUUGGACAGAUCUAUUGAUAUGGACUGUGGAAAGAAAGCAGAAAGUAACACAAUUCAGGCAAUUUUGGGCUAUCCUAGCAUAACCAAUCCAAGAGAAAUUGAAGAUCCUUCUAUCUUAUUGCAACAUUUCACCAACAAAUCAUUCUUGAGCACCGUGUUCGAGGAGGAAGAAGAAGGUAACGACAGUGAAGGGGAUAAAGAGAAUCCUUAUGUCGAGGAGGUGCAAAAAGAGGUUAUUGAGGAAAAGACAAUAUGUUCUGGCAAUGUAAGUACAGUAGAAGAUCGUUCCGAUGAUCUUUCUAGUGACAACACAGCCCCUUCCAGAAAAGAGCUAAUUCAAAAUAUAUUCAAACUCUGCGGAAAUUCUAGAGAACUCUCUCAGCAAUGUACUACCCCAGUGGCUGCAGAAAAGAGAGUUAAAGACAUCGAAUCAAAAUCACCUCCAGUUAAAGAGAUUGUAGAGGAUUCACCUAUAACAAAAAAUCAUAAUUUCUCUACUGAGAAAGUAAAUGAUUCAAAGGAGAACUUCAACCCGAAUUUAGAGUUGAAAUGGGAAGCUGCAUCAAAGGAGAAUCCCGAAAUUAUCACUACACUAACGGGUAGUUUGGUUUGAAGACGAGUUAUGAUGGGUUUAGUUGUGCUGAGACUAUUUAUCCUGGAUUACUUAUCCUGAGAUGAUUUGUUAUUGUUUGUAUCCUUUGUUGUAUUAAAGAUAAUAGGCAUUGUAUUCUUUCUGAGAAAAAGUUGUUUGUUUACGAACAUACACUCCACCUUAUUUAACUUCUAUAUUAUUAUUUUUAUAGAACUUUUGUUAUAGGCAUUUGCAAUGUCCACAAAAGAUUAAUUAUUUU